GACCUGAAGGAGAAGAAGGAGAAGGUGGAGGAGAAGGCAAGCCGGAAAGAACGGAAGAAAGAAGUGGUGGAGGAAGAGGAGAACGGCGCUGAGGAGGAAGAGGAGGAAACUGCUGAGGAUGGAGAGGAAGAGGAUGACGGGGAUGAAGAAGAUGAGGAAGAAGAAGAAGAGGAUGACGAAGGGCCCGCGCUGAAGAGAGCUGCCGAAGAGGAGGAUGAAGCAGAUCCGAAGCGGCAGAAGACAGAAAAUGGGGCAUCGGCAUGAGCCCCUACCACGGGGCUGGGGGUGGGAGGUCCCUCGGGGUCUGGAGGUGGGGGUGGGAACAGACCAGUACAGCCACCUGUCACCUGGCUCCUUGCUCUGGGCUGUGCCCCAGAGCUGCCACCCUCUUCUUUCUUCCCAGCCCUCUCAUUUCUGCCUCUCCAGACACUGCCCUGCCCUCACUAUGCCAUCCCUCCACCUCCUGAGCUCCCCAGCUGGUCCCGUCCCCCCAUCCUUCCUUGCUCUCUUCUCCCUUCCCCCACUCAGCCUACCGUCCCUGUCCUGGGGUAGCCUCUCCCCUCUGCCCCCUGCAUCCCACAGCCUCACAUCCUAUCCAUCCCUCUCCUGCCUGAUCCCUGGGUCUCCCUCAGAUCCCCUCCUCUCAGACAGCGCCAGGCCGGGGUGGGGCCGGGGUUGGGGCCGAGCCCCACAGCUGCCCCCCUCCCCUCCCCUUUUUGUAUAAUUUAAUAAAGAAAUGGUCGCGCUUCUGUUUUUAA